AUGGACUCACACAUUGCCGACGAGAAGCUCAAGGAGCUGCGUGUCGAAGAACUUCGCGUCCAAGCGAACGACCGCCACAUCGCCCAGUUCGAGAUCGACCCCGAGAAGGAGAAGAAGCUGCUCAGAAAGCUCGAUCUGAGAGUCGUACCAGUGCUAUGGUUCCUCUUCAUGCUAGCAUUCUUGGACAGAACCAACGUGGGCAAUGCCAAGAUCCAGGGCAUGACCGAAGACUUGAAUAUGAAAGGAAAUGACUACAACAUUGCACUGUUCAUCUUCUUCGUUCCGUACAUCCUCUUUGAAGUUCCAAGCAACAUCCUGAUCAAACGCAUGGCACCUUCGACAUGGAUCGCAAUCAUCAUGACUCUCUGGGGCAUCACGACAAUCGGCCAAGGGCUGGUUAGAACCAACGGCGGUUUACAAGCCAUGCGUUUCCUACUUGGUCUCUUCGAGGCUGGCUUCUUUCCAGGAUGCGUCUACCUCAUCUCAAUGUACUACAAACGCUACGAACUCCAAUGGCGCCUGUCCAUAUUCUUCACCGGCUCCAUCCUCGCCGGCGCCUUCAGCGGCCUCCUGGCGUACGCCAUCGCCAAAAUGGACGGCAUCGCGGGCUACAGCGGCUGGCGCUGGAUCUUGAUCAUCGAGGGCAUCUUCACGACCGUCGUCGGCGUCGCGGCGAAGUGGUUCGUGCCGGAUUGGCCGGAGACGGCGAAGUUCCUGAACGCCGAGGAGAAGGAGCUGCUCAUUGCGAGGUUGACGGCUGAUGUGGCGGAUGCGAAGAUGAAUCGGUUGGAUCGCAGGGCGGUGGGGAGGAUUUUGGGGGAUUGGAAGAUUUAUGUGGGGACGGCGAUGUAUUUUGGGAUUGUUAAUACGGGGUAUGCUACGUCGUUCUUUACGCCCACCAUCAUCGCCCAGCUAGGCUACAAGGCGGAGCAGGCGCAAGUCCGUUCCAUCCCAAUCUUCAUCGUCGCGACGGUCUUCUGCGUAGCCACCGCCUACCUCACCGAUCGCCUGAAGCACCGCUACGCCUUUACGCUACUCGGCUGUCUGGUCGCUACCGUCGGAUAUGCAAUCCUCCUAGCUCAAAAGCAUGGCGUCCCCGCUGGCGUACAGUACUUCGCCAUCUUCCUGAUUGUCACGGGAGGGUAUAUGUGUCAGCCCGUCACCUUAGCAUGGGUGAGUAAUUGCAUGGGUGGGCAUUAUAAGAGGAGUAUCAGUAGUGCCGUGAUGGUCGGCUUCGGCAACGCAGGCGGCAUCGUGGCCAGCAACGUCUUCAUCACGAGCGAGGCACCCGGGUAUCCUACAGGCUACGGCGUGAGUCUGGGACUGGUGUGGAUCUGUGCGGCGGCUUGCUUGACGCUGUUGAUUGGAAAUAUUCUGGAGAAUAGGAAGAGGGAGAGGGGGGAGAGGGAUUGGAGGUUGGAAGAGGAGGAUGCGGAUAAUCUUGGGGAUGAUCAUCCGCAUUUCAGGUUUUCUUAUUGA